AUGAUCGAUUGGCAUCGCUUAUCAGGAAGAAAAGGACUCGAUCUCAUUUUAAUAAUUGCUGCGUCCAAUACGUCAAUUAAACUUACCGCCGGAAAUCUCUUCGAAUUGUCUCUUAGUACAUUCGGCAACGUGGUUAAGACAUCGGUUGCUUACUUAAACAUGCUACGUACAUUAACUACAUGA